AUGCCUCCGCCAUCGUCAUCGCUCGUGUCCAAAAUCAAAGUCCAACUCAAACUAGCCAUUGCCCGGUUGAGGAUGGUGCAAAAACGUGACGAGGCCUUAUCCAAAGCGCAGCGUCGCGCCAUGGCGCAGCUGCUCGAACAGGGCAAGACGGACUCGGCGCGGAUCCGCGUCGAGAACAUCAUCCGCUCCGACAUCAUCACGGAGCUGCACGAAAUGCUCGAGCUGUACUGCGAGCUGCUGCUGGCCCGCGCGGGACUGCUCGAGGCCUCGACCCAGUGCGACCCGGGCCUGGAGGAGGCGGUCAAGAGCAUCAUCUACGCGGCGCCCAAGACCGAGAUCAAGGAGCUGCAGCAGGUGAGGCUGCUUCUGGCCGAGAAGUUUGGCAAGGAGUUUGUUCUUGUGGCCAUGGAGAAUGCCGAUGGCAAGGUCAGCCAGGGGGUGGUGAAGAAGUUGAGUGUUAGUCCGCCCAAGGAGGAGCUGGUGCAGGGGUAUCUGGAGGAGAUUGCCAAGGCCUACGGGGUAAAUUGGCCGCCUGGGAGAGACGAUGGACCGGGGAAGGCACCGGAUUUUGUCGACGGCGAUGAUGAUGAGAACCCGAGCGGAAGACAAAAGCAGGAGAAUUCUGACGAGCCGCUACAUGGGGAAGACGACGAGGUUGAGGCAAGGGAAGAGCUCAGCAAGGCCACACCGCCAAGGACAUUCGGUCCUGCGAGUCCUCUGCACGUUAACCCCCCGAGCCCGUCGACGGAGAAUAUCCAUCCAAAGGUUACCCUCAACAAGAUGGAGCUAACGCCAACCAAAAAGGCGUCGGGGACCGGGCUGACUGUAGGAAAGAAGUCUGUGGAGAGGAAAGGCAGCAUUGCUGACGGCAUUCCCGAUGUGGACGAGUUGGCUAAACGGUUCGCUGCUCUAAAGAGGUGA